GCUCCACGACCUCGACAUUGAGCGGUCCAUGUUAUACUAACCAGCAGGGAAAUCAAAAGAUCUGUUGUCGGAGAUCGAUCAACUGGCGCCGAAAAACCAACUGUCGCUACUACGGAACUGACGCGAGCGAGUAACUCGCUCCUUUUCCAACGUCAACACGUUGCUGAACCCAACGAGCAGGCAUUUGGACCAAGAUGGCAGCCCCAGGUGGCGCUUCUUCAAUCUCUGUCACCGUUAGAGUUCGACCUUUCACUAUUCGUGAAGCGGCGCAGUUGACGAAAUGCGACGACACUCCCUUUUUUCUGGGCGACGGUUCUCUCGCGGCCGUUCCGACCCCGAAACUUGUCCAGAAGGGCAUUCGGCCCGUUAUCAAGGUCGUGGAUAAUAGAUGCUUAGUGUUCGAUCCUCCUGAAGAUAAUCCCAUUCAGCGAUUCUCACGAUCAGUCGUUCCUACUACGGGCAAAAGAGUCAAGGACCAGACUUUUGCUUUUGACAGAGUAUUUGAAGAAAAUGCGUCGCAGCAAGAAGUUUACGAAUCGACCACGAAGGGUCUUCUGGACAGCGUGAUGGAUGGCUACAACGCGACUGUUUUCGCCUACGGCGCCACAGGAUGCGGCAAGACCCAUACUAUAACAGGAACCUCCCAACAACCAGGAAUCAUCUUCAUGACCAUGCAGGAGCUCUUUGAACGCAUUGCUGAGACAAGAGAUGAGAAAGAAACAGAAGUGUCCCUAUCUUACCUGGAAAUCUAUAAUGAAACUAUUCGAGACCUUCUGGUUCCUGGAGGAAGCAAUGGUGGCAGCAGAAGUGGCCUCAUGCUUCGAGAAGAUGCGAAUCAGGCAGUCUCAGUGGCAGGCUUGUCCAGCCACCGUCCACAAAAUGUUCAAGAAGUCAUGGAUAUGAUUGUCAAAGGCAAUGAGUACCGGACGAUGUCUCCCACCGAAGCGAACGCAACGUCUUCCCGUUCGCAUGCAGUGCUGCAGAUCAAUGUAUCUCAGCGCGAUCGUACCGCCGAUGUCAACGAGCCUCACACCAUGGCUACCCUCAGCAUCAUUGACCUUGCUGGUAGUGAAAGAGCAAGUGCUACCAAGAAUAGAGGCGAGAGAUUGAUUGAGGGUGCCAACAUCAACAAAUCUCUCCUUGCGCUUGGCAGUUGCAUCAACGCACUCUGCGAUCCCCGCAAGAAGAACCACGUCCCCUAUCGUAACUCAAAGCUCACGCGUCUUCUCAAAUUUUCGCUCGGUGGAAACUGCAAGACCGUGAUGAUAGUUUGCGUGAGCCCGUCUAGUCAACACUUUGACGAGACCCAAAACACUCUUCGUUAUGCCAACCGCGCGAAAAAUAUUCAGACCAAGGUCACUCGAAAUGUCUUCAACGUCAACCGCCACGUCAAGGAUUUCUUGAAGAAGAUUGACGAGCAAAUGAACCUCAUCAAUGAGUUGAAGCAGCAACAGAAGGACUAUGAGACGAACGCUUUUGCAAAGUUCAGGAAGCAGCUAGAGAAGCGUGACCAUGUCGCCAAAGAAGGUAUCACCCGGAUCCGGAGCGCUUUUGAUCAUACUGCAAGUGAAAGACAAGAAAAGAUGUUGAACAUGAGAAGAUUGCGUCAGAUCGAAAGACGAAUCUCGAUGUUAUCUGCUUGGAUUGCAGCUUUUGAUUAUGUGUGCGAAGCGAGGGGCGAGGAGAAUCCGCCCGAUCAAUUGGCAGCAGUGCGCAAGAGCGCCCAAGGUAUACUGGUAGAGCUGGAGAGUAGUCGACACCAUUAUCAUCAGCGGCUUUCCAAAUGUGACUGGGAGAGGUCUAUGGACUCUGCGUUGCAAAAUGCUCUCAAGCAAUUAAAGGAAUCAGAGGGCCCCACAGGUAGCGACCCCUCGGACGCAGCGCGUCUGAUCAGGGAAGUAGAGCUUUUGAAAGCCAAUGCUGAACGUGAGGGGCUCUCUGGAGUUUUGGAACAGGAGAAGGGAGGCGAUGCAGGGAUGGUCCAAAUGCUUCUUCAAGCGCACUUUGAUACAAUAUCUUCCUUGCACAAAAUUCUGCAGAUGGACGAACAAGCUGCUGUGGAAGCCGCCAAAUCAAGCUUGGGCAAUAUCAUUACGGAGUGUUCUGACGUAACCUCGCAAGUAGUCAAGCCUGAUGGGAGUUUGCCGCUCCCUGAGCCCACCGUCCCAAGCUGGACAGGGUCACCGAAGCGAGGGACCCCGAAACGACCGAAGCAGGUCAGCCUGGUCGUGUCUCCCAUGAAGCCAUUGGCACCUGCGCUUGCGAGCGCAGCUCAUCUUGCUGCGUCUCCAGUCAAGGGUUCUCCAAAGAGAAGAAAGGCUGCCGUUGUGCGGAAGGCCGUCUCCUUUACACCGAAGAAGAAGGCACCUAUGAAGACUGCAAAGAGAGGAGUGAGAUGGAAGGAUGACAGCGAUGAAGGCGGCAUGCUUGCUGAGUUUGAAAAGACGCCGCAGCGGUACGACUCAACGCCAGAAGAAGUUCAUGUCGAGGAGAUUGCGGAGCCGACCGUCGAAUCAUCUGUCGAAUCACCUAUUCCCUCGGUAGGACCGAUGCCAGACGUUGAGGCCCUUCUCGAUUCUUCGCCGAUUCCCACGCCUCCAAAGGCGUCCAUUGACAUCAAGCCAAAGUCAAAUAGAUUCCAGACGGGCUUCCUUUCCAAGAAGCACGACGGCUCACCAGGACCGGUGAUGCAUCCCCGGCGAACAGUGAGCGCAGGCCAUUCUUCUCCACUUCGUGAAUUAGAGCCCGGCAGGACAUCCAACCGGGCCUCACCUACUGUCGCCAGCGCUGCGCUUCUUAACGACAGCACCCUAGAAUCUGGUAGCAACUCGGGAUCCGAUGAAGAGAGCCGCAGAGUCAGGCUGGACAAGCUGGAUGAUAUCCGUAAGCGCGCUGUCACGAAACGGGCAUCAUCAACGGCCCUGACUGGGGCUCCCGCUGGUCGUACUGGGCGUCAGCGGAGUCCCACUGCGUCUUCGUUGAGCAGUCCGCCUGGAGAGAAGUCCAUGUUCACCGCUGGUCAGGCGCGGCGUAUGGUUAGAUCUGACAAGGAGAAUGACAGUAAAGGAAGCGUCCUCAGCCCUAGAACUGCCCCAGUGAUAAAGGGCGGUGCGCAAAGACGCACGACUAUCGGUGAAGAAAGAACUCGGCCCAGCGCGGGUCUUCGGGGAGACGCUGUGCGGCUGGUGACAGCCGGGGCUGGAGCAGCCAGGGGAAGCUUGACCUCUACUGGAAAGAGCGCAUGGAGGUAGAUGCAAUCAUCAAACCAUCAUGCGACAUUACAUCUUUCAUUUAGCGAGUCCAACAUGCAAGGCGGAAGCAUUUUUGGCCAACCAAUGGCGGAUUUGGAAGCGAUUCGGAUCAAUCCUUUUAUGCUUCAUGCAUUCAUUCUACUCAUUUUACCCUUUUCAUUUUCUUUGGAGUUCGGAAAACAAGGCGUCACGGUCGGAUACCUCUCUGUGUGCCGUGUUUUGUCUGUUUGUCUUGAUGACUUGUAUUUUAGAUCUGCUUGCUUUUCAGUUUUGGGCAUAGGGCAGCACGGUCUAAGCAAAUAACUUACCGAUUAAUUCACAACAUGAGGCACCAUGACGAC